AUGACCUGGUCUGAAGCCCAGCAUUACUGCAGAGAGCACUACACUGACCUGGCCACCAUACACAACAUGGAGGAUAUAGACAUGCUAAUCAAAACUUUAGACAGUGGUUAUACAGGUGAGGCUUGGGCUAGGAGUGGAAGACCUGGGAAGCAGUUCAGUUACUGCAGAGAGAAUCACACCGACCUGGCUAGCGUGAGGAACAUUGAUGAGAAUACGAAGACAAGCUUAGAAGAAAACAAGAUGUGGGGUGAAGCCCUGGAUUACUGCAGGGAGAAGCAUGUUGACCUGGUCUCUGUCCACUCCCAAAGGGUCCAACAGAGAGCUAGGAGGGCCUCCACCGACCACGUCUGGCUGGUCCUGCGCUACACCUGCACCCUGGUUCUGGGUGAGUGGAAUGGGUAG